UGGUUGCUACGAACCGCUGUGGUCUAAAAAGAAAAAAGGAAAGGCCGGAAGCAGAUAAAGGCUAGAACAUAGAGAGGAGGUUGAAUUACGCCGGAGACAUACAAGUGAUCGGUCAUAGUUGCUUAACCAGAUGACUGAAUUACCGGAUGAUCCUUCUUCCGCUCCUGCUCUCCCGCCACCAACAUCAUCCACAGCACCACCGCCCGACCCUUCUCCUCCUCCUCCUCGUUUUGAUCCCACCCGAACUAUUGGUAUCAUCAAAAGGAAAGCUUUGAUAAAGGAUUUGGCAGCUGCGUACCAUGCUGAGUGUCUUGCAUAUUGCCAAGAGCUUUUAGAACUCCAAAGAAAAUGUGAAGAGCCCUAUGCAGAUGUGAAAGUUUCAACAGACUUAAGGAAAGAAACAAUGAGGCCCCCCAAACGAAACAAAAAGUCCCGCUAGCUACAUGAUAGUACUAGGAGUGCCCAUCGCGUGUUACAUCGACCCUGAAUAUUGGAUUUGCAGCCAUUUUCUUCAUAUUUGUAUGUAGAUAACUCUGCUAUAAACAAGCUUCAAGUGAGGUGUGCCCCUAUAUAGAUACAUAUUCUUUUGUAACAUGCUCACUCUUCCGAAAUGCUUAGUUAUGACUUAACGGUCUCACAUUUUUGAUCCAUAUAAUUUUUUUUAUUCACCUCUUA